UCUUCCCUACUUUCAACGGACUCUCCCACUUCACACUUUGCACAAACAACCCUUCUCCCUUUUGAACGGUUGCACUGUCGACAAGCAUGAAGUUGAUCGACAUCAAGCCCGACCAUUACUACGACAAUGUCGGAACUGGCAUUCCUGUCUUUCGUCCCACCAUGGACCAGUUCAAGGAUUUUUCUGCAUUCGUCCAGUCGAUUGUCAAUUAUGGCCGUGAGGCUGGCCUUGUCAAAAUCAUACCUCCAAAAGAAUGGACCGCUACCCUUCCUGACCUCUCUGAGCGCCUAGCUUCAGUAAAGAUCAAGACACCCAUCAUCCAACACAUUAGAGGCACCAAGGGCAUCUAUACUCAAACCAAUAUUGAAUCCAGGAAAUCUUACACAGUUUCUGAAUUCAAAGCCCUAUCACUCGACUCCGAUCAUCGUCCACCCAGCCGAAAGGGUGCUCCCCAUGGCCCAGCGGACCCUCUUCCUAGGCGCAAGCGAAACCGCAAACCGGCUGCUCCUCUCCAAACCCACACUGUUCCCAUGGAGACUGACUCUCUUCCUGCUACGCCAACCCGCACUCAGGAUAUGGCCAACUCCAUUCCUAUGCAUGACGACCUCGGUGACGCCCUAGUCCCUUCCAGCUCGGCGACUUCAUCCGCCAACAACAGCCCAGACCAGCCAUCUCUAGUAACUCUUGGACCUAAUUUGCUCCGCAGGCAUUUUCUUCGCCAGGCUACAAGCCCUUCGCCGCCAUCGAGAAGACCCAAUGCCCAGGACCUUCUCUCCUCACUUGUCCCAGAAGUAAAGGACGAGUCUGAAACCGAAACCGCAGCAAGCAGCAGCAACCAGAGCAAACAAAAGGAUGUUAAGGCGCAAGAACAGGAAAAAGUCGAACCACCCAUGACGGACUACAAAGUUGAGCACGGCGAGGACUAUACGGUGGAGUACUGCAAGGAAUUGGAGCGCAACUACUGGCGCAAUCUCACUUUUGUUCAGCCUAUGUAUGGAGCCGAUAUGUCAGGUGAGAUCCCUGUUUGACGAAAGGACAAAAUCAUGGAACACACAAUGUCUGGGAGACCUAUUGUCGAGAAUCGAUCAGAAUCUACCAGGAGUCAACACACCAUAUCUGUAUUUUGGAAUGUGGAAGGCUACGUUCGCCUGGCACGUCGAGGACAUGGAUCUGUAUUCGAUCAAUUAUCUUCAUUUUGGGGCGCCCAAGCAGUGGUAUUGCAUUCGGCCGGAACAUAGUGCACGAUUUGAAUGCAUUGCGCAGGGAAU